UUGUUUGUUAGUUGCGAUGAGCAGUGCAACGUGAUGGAGAUAACAGUGUGAAUGCUUUCCGAACAAACACAGUGGGAUAUCCCGAUGUUUCAACAGCCUUGCUGGGAAUGGUGCAUCUUUUCACUACGCAAGCGAACGAGUACGUGACAUAAUUAUGUGAAUAUCCCCAAAUUUAGCAACUGUAGAUGGAAAUUGGACCUGCAAGCGCGUUCUGAUUUUUCGUAUCACACGCAAACUUGUCUGAGAAUCACUCGCGCGUCUUUCCACUGUGGUUGAGUUUGAAAUGGUGUGGCGUGGGACCUACCCAGACUAUCCUCUGAUUUUUCCAUGAUUGAAGUGUUUGAUAUUUUCAAAUCAGUCGUAAGCCUUUUGUAAUUAUUGUUCCGAGAGAAAUUAUGAUAUUUUUUUCGACUGCAGUUUGCAACAAACACGAAUAAGGAGACCAGAAAAAAAGUGGCGUACCAGCAGUCUCGACUUUCUUUGCGGUGCUCCUGGCCCUGGACUGCUUCAACUGUGGAGGGGAUCUCACUGAGUGACCAUUGAUGCUGCAACUCGGGGUGGCUGAGCCUAUGCGAGAGUGCGAAUACAGCCAGAUCAGCACUCGCAGCUCAACCCCAAUGGAAACUCCAUACAAGAAGAGGACCCCCAAAAAGAGGAAGUGGCAAGCCUUCCCGGGGCGGAAUAAAUUUUACUGCAAUGGGAGGAUCAUGAUGGCCAGACAGACAGGGGUCUUCUACCUCACCCUCGUCCUCAUUCUCAUCACAAGCGGACUCUUCUUCACUUUUGACUGUCCCUUCCUGUCGGUGCAGCUCACCCCAGCCAUCCCAGUGAUAGGGGGGGUGCUAUUUGUCUUUGUGCUGGGGACUCUCUUCAGGACGAGCUUCAGUGACCCGGGGGUCCUGCCCCGAGCUACACCUGACGAGGCUGCAGACCUGGAGAGACAGAUCGAUGUAGCCAACGGCUCCAGUUCGGGGUACCGGCCGCCCCCCAGGACGAAAGAGGUGGUCAUCAAUGGGCAGACGGUCAAGCUCAAAUACUGCUUUACCUGUAAGAUCUUCAGACCACCACGUGCCUCUCACUGCAGCCUUUGUGACAACUGUGUCGAGCGCUUUGACCACCACUGUCCCUGGGUGGGGAACUGUGUUGGGAAGAGGAACUAUCGUUUCUUCUACAUGUUCAUCCUCUCCCUCUCCUUCCUCACAAUCUUCAUCUUCGCCUUUGUCAUCACACAUGUCAUCUUACGAUCCCAUCGACAAGGGUUCCUCAACGCACUCAAAGACACUCCUGCUAGUGUGCUGGAGGUGGUUGUGUGUUUCUUCUCUGUCUGGUCCAUAGUGGGGCUGUCUGGAUUCCACACAUACCUGAUCAGCUCCAACCAGACCACAAAUGAAGAUAUCAAAGGGUCGUGGUCGUCUAAAAGAGGGAAAGACAAUUAUAACCCUUACAGCCACGGAAACAUAUUCACCAACUGCUGUGCAGCGCUGUGUGGACCCCUGCCACCCAGUCUCAUCGACAGAAGAGGCUUUGUCCAAUCAGACACGCCACAGCCCACCCCGCCAACCAAUGGCAUCACCAUGUAUGGAUCCACCCAAUCACAGAGCCACAUGUGUGUUCAAGACCAGUGCAUUCAGAGCACCAAAUUCGUUUUGCAGGCUGCCGCCACGCCCCUGAUGCAGAGUGAGCCGGUCAUCCUCACAGACGAGGCCUCUCUACCGGGCAGGACGUUGUUAGGCGGUCCCUGCUCUGGAGCCCUGCCGCUAGGGGGCCAGCCUACACCCCCCACCUCCACCCCCAACCUCAGCUGUGACAAUGGCAUGCUGCCCACCCGGAAUGACCACAGCGAAGCGCACCACCACCACCACACGGACGGGGUCCACCACCACUUCCUCACGCCUGAGGAAGCCCCCUCGCCACCGGGCAUGCUCCCCUGCGGCAGCCCCCUGGGACACAGCCACACCCUUCAGGGCUUCUACAACCCAGCCAGCCAGGACUCUCUACAUGAGGACUCUGUCAGAGGCCUGGUCAAACUCAGCUCUGUCUGACAGGGGGUUCACUCAAAUAUCUGUCCAUCCCCUAAAACACUCCCCCCAGGCGCUCAUUCCACACCUGUGCCAAACAGUGGGUCUUCCCAACCCUGAAUGCCUGUAACCAAUAUCCUCUCCGUCCUCUACAAUCACAGGACUUCUCUAAAAGACUGUGAUACUAUUUGGCUACUGAGAGCAGAAUUGAACUAGGACCUUCCCUCCUAAGCCAACGACUUGCCAAACCUCUGCAUCAUACAGGGGGUUGUUGCUGGUGAAGGGCCCAGGGGACUUGUGCUUGUCCUGUGCGCCUCUCUUCUACUGAAGCGUAGUCCACUGUCCUGGGAGGGGGACAGACAAGAGGGCUGUCUGUCAGCUAUUUAAAGCAGAAAGAGGUGGCGUUGUGAGUUAUUCCUAAACAUGUUAAAGAAAAGCUGCUUUAUUUCUGUCGUGAAUCACAGGUCUGCCAUUGAUUUUUUUGUACAACGGACUAUGGCCUACUUGUUGAUCUGAUGGACAGUGUCUUUGCCUUUCUAUCUGAUUCUGGUUUACAGUCAAUCACCAAACAAGAGUUGAUGUCAUCAUGAUGUAUAUCAUUUAAUUCAUACAUGUUUAAGUUACAUGUUAAGAUUCUGUAUUGUGCCAUACCAAGGUCAUUUCUUUUCCUCAAGUUCUUUUUCCUGUGGAUAUAUUAAUAAAAUCACAUUUUUAAGGAA